AUGACCAUGAAGAGUAGUAAUGAUCAACAAGGUAUAACCUUAUCAAAUCUAAAGUUUUUCAAUUCUCAACUAUAUUUCAUCAAUUUCUUUGGCCAUAUUCUACUUUUUGGUUCUGGUUUACUCAUUGGUAUCACACUCACUUUUUUCCUCGAAAAUUUUUCAUUUCAAAUCCAACAUUUCCAAGUUCAAUCUUUUACCUUAAACCCACCCUCCAAUAUUUCUCUUUCACCUCCAAAUCCAAUCCCAUCACAUGAUCAUCAUCACAAUAACCAAACAGAAAUCUCUAUCAAACAAGAUUGUUUGGUUAUUAAUAAAACUAAUGACAUUGGUUCAAACGGCUUGGAAGAUUUUUUGAAGGUUCCAAGUGCUAUGCAUGAUAUGAAUGAAGAUGAAUUAUUUUGGAGAGCUUCAAUGUUUCCUAUGAUUGGUAAACUUCCAUUCAAACAAACGCCGAAGGUUGCAUUUAUGUUUUUGACAAAAGGUGCUGUUUUGUUGGCUCCUCUUUGGGAGAAAUUCUUCAAGGGAAAUGAAGGGUUGUUUUCUAUCUACAUUCAUCCAAAUCCUUCUUUCAAUGAAACAGUUUAUGAUCAAAGCUCUGUGUUUUAUGAUCGAAGAAUCCCAAGCAAGGAGGUAGUGUGGGGUGAGAAUAGCAUGAUAGAAGCAGAGAGACGUCUACUAGCAAAUGCACUGCUUGAUUUUUCUAAUCAACGUUUUGUAUUACUUUCGGAAGCAUGCAUACCAUUAUUCAACUUCUCCACAAUCUACAAUUACCUAAUGAAUUCAAAACAAACCUUUGUAGAAGCCAAUGAUAUAGAAGGUAAUGUUGGACGUGGAAGAUAUAGAUACACAAUGAAACCAUUGAUUCAACUUUCACAAUGGAGAAAAGGGUCACAAUGGUUUCAAAUAGAUCGUUUUCUUGCACUUCAAGUAAUCUCAGAUGAACCAUAUUUUUCUGUGUUUAAACAAUAUUGCAACCCUCCAUGCUAUAGUGAUGAACAUUACUUGCCAACAUUGGUGAGUAUUAAGUUUUGGGAGAGGAAUUCUAAUAGAACUUUGACUUGGGUUGAUUGGUCAAAAGGUGGACCUCAUCCUUCAAGCUUUAUUAGACCACAAGUGACUUGGGAAUUUUUGGAAGGGUUGAGAUUUGGAAGUACCUGUGACUACAAUGGAGAGACAACCAAUAUUUGUCAUUUGUUUGCAAGGAAGUUUACAACUAAUGCUUUGGAUAGAUUGCUUAGAUUUGCUCCAAAGUUGAUGCAAUUCAAUUGA